UAGCAUAUGUAUAUUUACAACAAUAAUAGCAUUUCCAUGUUCUGUGUACUGUGGGAGAGCGGAUAUAGUGAAUGCGGGGUCCGGGGAGAGUCCGGGGAGGAUAUAGUGAAUGUGGGGUCCGGGGAGAGCGGAUAUAGUGAAUGCGGGGUCCGGGGAGAGUGGAUAUAGUGAAUGUGGGGUCCGGGGAGAGCGGAUAUAGGCGAAGGCGGGGCCCGGGGAGAGCGGAUAUAGUGAAUGGCGGGGUCCGGGGAGAGCAGGAUAUAGUGAAUGCGGGGCCCGGGGAAGAGUGGAUAUAGUGAAUGCGGGGUCCAGAGAGAGCGGAUAUGGCGAAGGUGGGGUCCGGGGAGAGCGGAUAUAGCGAAUGCGGGGUCCGGGGAGAGCGGAUAUAGUGAAUGCGGGGUCCCGGGGGAGAGCGGAUAUAGUGAAUGCGGGGUCCGGGGGUCCGAGAGCGGAUAUAGUGAAUGCGGGGUCCGGGGAGAGCGGAUACAGUGAAUGCGGGGUCCGGGGAGAGCGGAUACGGCGAAUGGCGGGGCCCGGGGAGAGCGGAUACGGCGAAGGCGGGGCCCGGAGAGAGCGGAUACGGCGAAGGCGGGGCCCGGGGAGAGCGGGAUACGGCGAAGGCGGGGCCCGGGGAGAGCGGAUACGGCGAAGGCGGGGCCCGGAGAGAGCGGAUACGGCGAAGGCGGGGCCCGGAGAGAGCGGAUACGGCGAAGGCGGGGCCGGAGAGAGCGGAUACGGCGAAGGCGGGGCCCGGAGAGAGCGGAUACGGCAAAGGCGGGGCCCGGAGGAGAGCGGAUACGGCAAAGGCGGGGCCCGGAGAGAGCGGAUACGGCAAAGGCGGGGCCCGGGGAGAGCGGAUAUGGCGAAGGCCGAG